GCCUGCCAGACGAGACGAAACUGAGGGCUUCAGUGCUGGCUGCAAGACGUGGCUUGACGACCAGCUUGACUCUUCUUCCUUUCAGUCUCACCAACACUCGAAGCCAGCAUGAGUGCCAGAGCUCCAGCUCGUCGCGACUACCAAGCCUGCUCUUCCUUGACACGCGAUGGCAGAGACUACUCACUCAUGCUGCGACGCCACGACGAUGAGUCGGAGGCCAAAGUCAUGGCAAUGAGUGAGGUCGAAUGGGGGAGGUGGUGGAAUAAGAUGGACCAGCGAAAGUUUCAAGCUGGUCAAUCCAUCGACAAGGAUGAGGCGGUCGCAGUGGUCUGCCGCAAUGAGAAUGACCGGCUUCUCUACAAUGGUCGUGACGGCGCCGUGCGGCCCCCUCUGACCUCGAAGGAGACGCCGGAGCAGGCGGCGGCUCGUCGCGUGUCGGUCAAGUUGAGGCCCGGCGCCAGUGCCACCGAGAUCAAGAGGUACCAGAAAAGGGCGCGAGAAGUGCGCUACAAUGCUAAUCCCAAUGGGGCAAAGCGAAGUGACUACGAGCGCAAGAUCGAUCGAACGUACAAGAAGACUGAGCCUGACCGCAAGCGGGCCAUUGCUCGCAUCAGGGCAACUCCAUACGGCCACUUCUUUCCCCUCCUCGACAAGGUACCCCGCCCCCACUCCCCGCAUCCAUGCACAUCCCCCCUCGAAGCGCCGCAAGACGAAGCAUCCCAAGCGCGCGCAGGCACGGGAGAGGGAGGCGAGGGACAACGACAUGGGCUGCGUGGUCGACAAGGGCAAAGCGGUCGAGUGCCUCAUCAAUCUUGAGAGGCAUCGUCUGCUCUUCGUCGCUCGCGGUGGCGCAGUCAUGCCCCCACUGCCGGAGGAGACGCCGGAGGAGGUCAAGUCCACCACUACCUUCUUCCUCCUCGGUCCACCUCACUCUCUGCUCUCACCAU